AUGUCAAACUCAUCUAGGAAAAAACUCUUGCUUAUGGGCCGUUCUGGCUCCGGAAAGAGUUCUAUGCGCUCCAUAAUUUUUUCAAACUAUUCUGCCUUCGACACCAGAAGACUAGGGGCAACAAUUGAUGUUGAACAUUCACAUUUGAGGUUUUUAGGAAACAUGACUUUGAACCUUUGGGACUGUGGUGGACAGGAUGUGUUCAUGGAUAAUUAUUUCACUCAUCAGAAGGAUCAUAUUUUCAAAAUGGUGCAAGUAUUAAUACAUGUAUUUGACGUUGAAUCCAAGUCUAUAAACAAGGACAUAGAAAUAUUUGUCAAGAGCUUGACAAAUUUGCAGAAGUACAGCCCUGGGGCUAACAUAUUUGUUCUUUUACAUAAGAUGGACCUUGUGCAAAUAGAUAAAAGAGAAGAGCUCUUCAACACAAUGAUGGACAAAUUACAAAAAAUUUCUAACCCAUACCAAUUUAAUCUAGUUGGGUUUCCUACUUCAAUAUGGGAUGAGAGUUUGUAUAAGGCAUGGUCUCAGAUAGUGUGCUCGUUGAUUCCCAACAUGAAUAUAUUUAAUAGUACGUUGGUUAAAUUCAAUAAGAUAUUGGCAGCAGAAGAAAUAAUUCUAUUCGAAAAAUCAACAUUCCUCGUUAUAUCAUCUACUUCAUCCAUAGAACAGCCUGGUCAAGAGUUGGACCCUAAAAGAUUCGAAAAGAUAUCUAAUAUUAUAAAGACGUAUAAGCAAUCGAUCUCCAAGUUAAGAUCCAACUUCGCAAACUUGAUGAUCAGGGGUAGUAAUGGCAAUCACUUUUACAUUGAUAUUUUAACUGAUAACAUGUAUAUCAUGAUAAUAUUAAAAGACAGAGCGAAGGACCACUUUCAGUAUGAAGAGUUGAUUGUUUUGCAGAACAUAAGAGCCGCAAGAAAAUGGUUUGAACUCAUUGAGAAUGGAAAAUGA